AACUGUAUUGUCAUUAUACAUCUGCUUUGUUAUUAUUCUGUCUGCACCGAAAUCAGUGUCCUCCUGCAUUGUGCUAUUUAUUUUGCUGAAAAAUAGGUGUUUUACAUCGAGCUGGUAGCGCAACUGUUUGUUUAAAACUAGCCGAAGUAAUGCCGUCCAUUUAUCUGGGUGUGCAUUUGCCGUUCAAACCGUAUCACAAGCUAAAGGUGGAUAAUGUCGAUCUGGGCGGUCGAACAGAAACGCUACGUUCGGAGGCAGCCAAACUGAUCAAGAACGAUGUUGCGGCGGAUGAUUUUGAAUUGGUCUACUGCGGUAGUCUGCUGAAAACCGAUGACAUACUGCAGAACAAAGGCGUCAGCGAUGGUUCGAUGAUACACGUCAUACAGAAAAGUCGCGAAAAGGAUCCAUCGAGUGAACCGAAGCCGCAAGAGGAUCGGGAGCUUUCCGAAGCGGAAGUGCAGGCCGUACUGUCCAUCUGGCGCACGGUCGAUUCAUCCAACUUCCAGAAGGUGCGGCAGCCCGAAUUCAUGAAGAACGUACUCGACGCGUAUCCAGCGAUUCGGCGCAAUCUGUUCGUGCUGUCGCUGCUGAAAGAUCCGAUUCUGCUCUCCUCAAUGCAGCAACCGGAAACGAUUCGGCGGGUCGCACCGAAACACCCGGUGCUGCUCGAAGCAUCACGCACGAUCGUACAGCUACUCAACUCCAAGAUGAUCUCCAAGGUGGCCAACUGUCAUCUGACGGCACCGCUCGACAGUGCUCUGGACGAUCCGCUGUCCGACUCGUCAUCGAGCGACGAUAACACUGUCUCACCGACUACCUCGGCAGCACCAACCAACACAAUCCGCCGCAUUACGGCCGACAAUCUUGCGUCCGCGCUCGCAUUUGCUGGUUCGCGUGGCUCGUACAAUUCACUCUCAAACAUCUCGCAACGCGAUGCGGACAAUCGUGCCAGUCAGCCGGAAAUAGCAACCGAUGGGUCAACCAUUGCCGCUACCGGUACUUCCGACUCGAACCUACCGUCUACUUCAACGGCCAGCGGUGGCCAACCUACCACCUCGAACAAUGCUGCCACCGGUCGGAUCACAUCCAGCAUGCUGUUGGAUGCAAUUUCGCUAAUGUUUGAACAGCAGCGGGGUGAACAGGCUUCCGGGUCUGGGGGCAAUAAUGGGUCUGCAGGUGCGAAUACUAAUAACCAACGUGUUUCCGCUGGUUCCACUCCGACGGUUGAACCGAUGGACACGAGCCCCGCAACAGCAAGCACCGUUCCGGCACCGGCACCAAUGGGGCACGAUCUGGGGGCACAAACACUGUCCCAGCACUCGACCCUGGCGGCCAGCAUCGGACAGUACCGGCGAGAGUUAGAUACGAUGCGCGAAAUGGGCCUUACGGACACGGAAACGAACCUGCAGGCUUUGAUCGUGUGCAACGGGAAUGUCGAAUCCGCCGUGAAUCUCGUUUUCGGCGGCAUGAGCAAUUGAAUCGGUGACUGUAGGCAAUAUGCAUAGAUUAGGUACGGUGUGUAUUUAAAAUUGUAACAAAUGCGAGAGAUUAAUGGCGAAACACAAAACACCAGCAUCAAAGUGGUGGCGUGCUUUAUGCUUGCUGAUAUGGCUUGUACAAUAAACGAACGAGAAUGAUGAAUAAAGUAUAAUAAUUUUGAAAUAAAAAA